CACGUGAAUUGUGAGCGGUCACGUGGAUAACGGGUCUGGGAUAAAACGCAAGUGUAUUUAUUUCGUUGGAUGCGUAUUAUUUUUGGUCGACCCGAGACACACUAUUAAUUUCUUAUACGACAGAAGGGAAAAUAAUUCAACACAAAUGGCGAAUAAAUUGUCGUUAAAAUUGUAGGUUUAUUUUGAUAGAAAAACAGUGUCCAGCUCAGUAAGCGUUUGACAACAAUCGUCGUGUGAUCCUGCCCAUGGUUGAUGAUGGAGGAGACAGGUCCUCGCAUAGCAGACUACUUUGUGGUAGCAGGGCUCACUGACUCCUCCAAGCCCUUAGAGGAGGAACUGCAGCUGGACGAUGUUCCUGGUCGCUCUCCCCGCUCGGCCCCUGGUGGUCGGCCCCUGGCCCCCAUCACAGACAUAGCUGUGGUUAUAUGCUCACUAGGGGAAGCGGUUCCUCAGGGUUACACCUGCCUCGAGUCCACCCCGUCUGGUCUGUCUGCAGAGCUGAACGGAGCCAGUCUCAGAGGGCCUCAGAUCUACCUCUGCUACAAGAGAGGCCGAGAUAAACCUCCUCUCACUGAUCUGGGGGUUCUGUAUGAGUGGAAGGAGAAGCUGAAGCCUGGCUGUCACAUCGUCCAAACCACUCCCUCUGGUCGUCCUGCCAACAUCAGUAGCUCCUCCUCCCAGCGCAUCUACAUCACCUAUCGCCGCUCCCCGCAGAGCCAGCCUCACACGUCAUUGGCUGUCACAGAUGUCUGCAUCAUCAUCCCGGGCAAAGGGGAGACGCCCCCUCACACCUUCUGCAAGGUGGACAAGAACCUCAAUAGUAGUAUGUGGGGAUCCUCGGUGUACCUGUGUUACAAGAAGUCACUGGCUAAAACCAACACAAUCGCAUACAACGCAGGUCUGUUGUGUAGGUACCCAGAGGAGGACGAUGAGUCUUUUCCCCUGCCGGAGUCUGUUCCUCUGUUCUGUCUGCCCAUGGGAGCUAGCAUUGAGUUCUGGCCAGCUCACACCAAACACUCCCUGCCUGUCUUCUCUACCUUUGUACUGACUGGGGCCUCUGGAGACAAGGUGUAUGGAGCUGCCAUCCAGUUCUAUGAGUCGUACCCAGAGGACCAGCUGAGUGACAAACAGCGUUCUCUGCUGGGGCUACCGGGCACGUGCAGUAGCAGCGAGGGGACAAAGAGCGUUUACGCUAACAAGAGUAUCUGUUUGCUGUCACACUGGCCGUUCUUUGACUCAUUCAGGAACUUCCUGACGUUUCUCUACAGAUACUCCAUCUCUGGACCACACGCUCUGCCCAUAGAGAAGCACAUCUCCCACUUCAUGCACAAAGUCCCGUUCCCCUCGUCACAGAGACCACGCAUCCUGCUACAGCUGUCUCCACAUGAUAGUCUGAUGCUGAGCCAGCCUGUCUCCUCCCCUCUGCCUCUCAGUGGUGGUCGUCUCUCCACUCUGCUCCUUAACCUGGGCCCUAAGAAUGCGACCACUCUGCUGGUGCUGGCCGUAACAGAACACAAGAUCCUGGUCCACUCUCUCAGACCGGCCGUACUGACCAGUGUUACGGAGGCCCUGGUGUCGAUGAUCUUCCCCUUCCACUGGCCGUGCCCCUACAUCCCUCUGUGCCCUCUGGCCCUGGCAGAUGUUCUCUCUGCCCCUUGCCCCUUCAUCGUGGGGGUCGACUCACGUUACUUUGACCUCUACGUGCCUCCGCCCGACGUCUGCUGUGUCGACCUGGACACCAACAACAUAUUACAUAAGGAGGAGAAGAGGGCCCUAACAUGGAAGAUACUACCACAGAAAGCCUGCAAACAUCUCCUCAAUACCCUGGGUAGACUGUACCAACAGCUGACUGAAGGUGGCCAAGUCAGCGGCGAGGAUGGUCAGAUGGAGCCCACUGCGAUUGACCCAGACCUGGCGAGCGGAGGGAAGAGCCUCCACACGCUAGAGAUGCAGAUCCAGGAAGCCUUCCUUAGGUUCAUGGCGGCCAUAUUGAAAGGGUACCGCUCUUACCUCCUCCCCAUCACACAGGCCCCCUCCGAAAGGACCACGGACGCAAGCUCACUGUUCGACUUGCAAGGGUUCUUGAAGAGCCGGGAUCGUUCCCACCAGAAGUUCUACUCCCAGAUGAUCAAAACCCAAAUGUUUAUCCGGUUCAUCGAGGAAUGUUCCUUCGUCAGCGAUAAAGACGCCAGUCUGGCCUUCUUCGACGAGUGUGUGGAUAAGAUUUACAGCAAUGGAAGCAAGAUUCAGAUGGACAGUGAUGGACCAGAAGACACCAGGUUGAUAGAGCUGGACGAGUCCCAUCGCAGUGAACACACAGUCUACAUCAACCCUCCUGAUCUAAGACUGUUGGCUCAGGGAGAGGAGCACCCACUCUGCUAUAGCUACUCUGGGUUUCCGGUGCUGAGUCGUGAUUUGUUGGAGCUCCAGGAUGGACCUCGCCCCUCCUCAGCCAGCCUGACACAGAGACACACCAGUCCAGCCAGCCCUGCUGCCAUCUUUAGGCGCUCCAAACAGGAGAUUCGCUCGGCCCAGCGGAUGGCUAAAACCCACGCCUCCGUACCUCAGAUGUGGUCUAAGUGUCUGCUGCGUCACUGUUACGGCCUGUGGUUCAUAUGCCUGCCAGCCUACGCCAGCGCAUGCCACUCCAAGGUGCGGGCACUACGCAUGGCCUACGACAUCCUGAGGAAGAUGCAGGACAAGAAGCUACAGGCACCUGAUGAGGUGUGUUACCGAGUGUUAAUGCAGCUAUGUGGACAGUACAGCCAACCAGUCCUGGCGGUCAGAGUUCUGUUUGAGAUGAAGAAGGCUGGAGUUCAUCCCAACGCCAUCACCUACGGUUACUACAACAAGGCAGUGUUGGAGAGCACGUGGCCGUCCACAGGAAGUAGAGGAGGCUACUUCCUGUGGGCCAAGCUGAGGAACGUAGUCCUGGGGGUAGGACGGUUCAAACAGACGGUCCAGAACCACAACCAGAACCAAACCCAGAGUAGAGACACACAGCUAUCAGACUACAGUGAUCUGGACACAGUCAGUCAUGGCAGUGAAGACAGUACUAACGACUCAGUUGAGCGGGUCUCAAUCGAUACAGACUUCACUAAGAUGGACUCCAGUGAUGACGGAUCAAGCACAGGUGGCCAAUCAGACCAAGGCUAUGACUCUCUAUCUAAGGAGGAGGAGAGGAUGGUGGGAAGGGACAGCGACAGAACACCACUAGCGCAGGAUAAGUCAGAGAGGGAGUCUUGUACUCUGACUAGACAGGACCACACCACCAGCCCUGGUGACUUCAAAACUCCCUGUGGUACCAGACCAAAGAACCGGAGGCUGAGGCCCAACUCCCUGGACCUGACCGGAGGACAGGGGACUCUCAGGACCAUCACACUCAACUUCACCUCCACCACCAUGCAGGUCCGAGGCCCUGCUCCGAAACGCCCCCCGCCUCCGAACUGCAAACCUGGGAAAGCUGAGGCCAGUCAGGCGGUGCCUACCCAGAACCAGAAGAGAUUGGAUGGGGGAGAGGGGGAGGAAGUAGAAGGCAGUAAGGACAGACAGACACCUGCCAAAGAGGUGGAAAGGAGGAGUGUGAACGUCAGUGGUGGAGACACUGAAAGGCCUGCAACCCACAGUGUUAGUGGAGAUGGAGACGGGGUUGUAACCCACAGUGUUAGUGGAGAUGGGGCUGUAACCCACAGUGUUAGUGGAGAUGGGGUUGUAACCCACAGUGUUAGUGGACACAGUGUUAGUGGAGAUGGGAUUGUAACCCACAGUGUUAGUGGAGAUGGGGUUGUAACCCACAGUGUUAGUGGAGAUGGGGUUGUAACCCACAGUGUUAGUGGAGAUGGGAACGGGCCUGCAGAUUGCAGUGUCUCCAAACAGAACAGUGUAAGAAACAGCAGUGAAACGGUGGGCGGAGCCGUGAAGAGGACAAGUAUCGUUGAGACUGGCUUUGACCCUCUGUCCAUUAUAGCAGCUGAGACGGAGACAGAGGGUGAUGGGGACAGUAGCAGUACCUCCACAGCCCGCCGGGACCUGGCAGAAGAGAUAGAGAUGUACAUGAAGGUUCUGAGCCCUCUGAGCAGCAGGACCGCCAGCAUGGACCUUCAGAACCCAUCCAGCCCGCUACUCCACGCCACCUCCACCCCAUCUAAACACUCCUCCCGCCGACCUCGGCCCCUCAGCCUGACCCACUCCCCCUGUACCUCCCCCCGACCACCUCCUCCCUUGCUUCGUGCCAACUCACACCUCCCCCUCUCCAGGCCCAAAGAACGUCUCCGUCCCUCCUCCCUGGUCUCCCCCUCCUCCCCAACUCUCAGUCUGGACAUGUUUAAGAGCAGCUUCCUGUCAGCAGGGAAGGGGGUGGCUGAGAAGGCCAGCAGGCUCUACUCCCGCCUGUCAUCACAGACAUCACUCUCACAGGAUGUGAACUGCGACCAGAUCAGCGUGUCAUCAAUGAACUCAGUGGACCCAGAAUGCACCUCUCUGUUGGAGGAGGGCUCUGUCCUGGACCCUGAAGGUUUCACCUCCUCCUACGCCUCGCCCCAGCACGACAGCAUCGCGUGCCUGAGGAGGAGCCCAGCCAGGGGACGCCUCGUCUCUCAGAGCCCCACCUCGCCCUGCAAGGUGUUCCGCCACAACUCCUUCUCUAGUGGUUUGGCUCCUCCAUCUAGAGGUCCCCAGACUCCAGACUCUUCUCCUGAUGCCUCCCGCUUCCACCUCCGUCACCACUACACUACUGAGGUGUUGAUGUCUAGCUGCUGUCGCUGUAAGACAUGUGACUGUCUGGUGUAUGAUGAAGAGAUCAUGGCAGGAUGGACGGCUGAUGACUCCAACCUCAACACCACCUGUCCCUUCUGUGGCUCUUCCUUCCUGCCCUUCCUUACUGUACACAUCAGGGACCUGAGACACAGGACCAGUGACGAGGGUCACCAACCUUUAGGAGAGGACACGGCUGCUUCAGUCAACCCUGAGACUGCAGCUGGAGCACUGACACCCCAGUCAACCACAGCUCCAGCAGCGGAGGAACAGGACACUGAGGGUGUAGCUGGGUGUCCACAGGACCCUGUCCCAGGCACAACUUCAGAUCUAACCUCAGCCCCAUCUCCAACCUCAGCCCCACCUCCAAUCAGCCCCAUCUCCAACCUCUCCCCCACCUCCAGCCUCUCCCCCAUCCCCCCACCUCCAGCCUCUCCCCCAUCCCCUGCCUCAACUACAACUCGUAGUUCCCCAGUGAGUAGUUCUCCAACCCCAACCCCAUCCCCAUCUCCCCCAGCCCCGGUGACGGUUCCCUACCUGAGUCCCUUGGUUCUGUGGAAAGAGCUAGAGUCUCUGCUGGGUAAUGAGGGGGACCAGGUGAUCAGUUCUCCCAGCAUCGUGGACCAGCACCCUAUCGUAUUCUGGAACCUGGUGUGGUGCUACCGCAGACUGGAACUCCCCUCUCAUCUGCCCGGUCUCAUACUGACCUCACAGCACUGCAGCCAGGGACACGUACCGCAGGUCCCAGCCCAGAGCGUGUCUUCAGAGGACAGUAAACAUGUCCUGGUUCGCAUCCUGUGGGACAACCCGUCACUCCACCAGGACUCUGUCCAGGCCCUAUACAUGCUCUGGCACGCACACUUCUCUCUCCCCUCAGCCAGUGGAACGGUGUAUGAGGAGGGCCAGCCCCAGGACCAUCUCUUCUCCUCUGAGGUCCUACAGGGUGCAGUGAGGAACAUCCAGAAGGGGGAUGUCUACCAACCCAUGAGUCAGAUCCUACAGCUGCUGGGACCAGAGCUGGGCUUCAACAGACAGAGGAGUCUGUACAGAGAUCUCCUCUUCCUGGCGUUGACCGCUCUGGGGAAGAGCAACAUCAAUAUUGAUGCGUUUGACCGUGAGUACAAGGUUGCUUACGACCGCCUCAGCCCCAGCCAAGUGAAGCUGACACACAACUGUGACCCCCCGGGAGCAGGGGUCAUGGAAUGUAGAAGGAUGUUCGGGAAACCCAUUCUGUGACCCCCCCUGGCUGCUAUCCAUCCCUCCCAAAACAUGACUGCUGCUCACUUACUACCAGCCCCUCUCUCUGUGGCCCCUCUCUCUGGACCCUCUCUCUGGCCCCUCUCUCUGU